CAGAGCGAUGUCAACUCGAAACAGAGUUUUGCAUUGACAAAAGGUAGUUUCUGCAUUCUGAUGGUGAGGUACAUGGACACUUUUGACGUUCCUCCUUUAGCUCAUGGAUCACGUCUCUGCAAAAGUCGAGGCUGGAGUGAAGCGCUCUAAGGUGACAUGAGAAAUGCUCAAAGCCUUCACCGUUUAUUUAGCUAACCUGGGAACAUUUGCGCUGGGAUCGAGAAGACGUUUGCAACUCUCCCACUAAGCCUUAGAUGGAAAAUUACCGACGAGAAUAUCGGGAUAUGGCCAUCCAUGCAUUUCGUCGAGCUCGAAAAACUGCCAACGUUCGCAUUUUACUCCGUGUUUUAUGGUCAGGCAGUUGGACCCCAUGAUCUUGUGUUCCAAGCAUGGAGGAUUCAAACUUUUCACGGCGCUUCCAUUUUGUACCAGGUGGGAACCAAGACUCGGCCAUCCAGGAAUUGAUCUUCACCGCUGUGGAAUUCGUAUCGGACUUGGGCGAGUUCCCUCGUUCCAAAACCAUCCGUGAUCAAAUCCAAUACGUGUCCAAACAUUUCCGCACCAACGAUCUCGUGCUUCCAAUUCCUCAAGCUCGAAAAGACUUCUCGAAGGCCAAGCAAGCGUGGGAACUCGGUCAAACCGGCUCCAUUCGGGCCAUCAACGAAGCCUUACGAUUCUGUCCCAGAACCCAGAGUCUCGUGUGUGAAUUAUAUCUGAAGAGAGCCAUCAUCUCAUAUCAAGAUGGUUACUACGAAAAUGCCAAAGAGGACCUAGUAGAGGCCUUACUCGUUCUGGAUGCCAAAAAUUUCAUUUUGGAACCUGAGACUGUGUUUCGUAUCCAUCACAAAUUGGCCCAAUGCUGGUCCAAGCUCAAAAUAUUUUCCCAAGCCGUUCGAUCUUUGAGAACAGCCCUGGUUCAACUCGCGGAUUGUAAUUUCGGCCAAAGUGAGAAAAGCCAAUUCGAAAACAUGAUUCAAGAGAGCAUUGACAAGUUAUCCAAGAAAACCGAUAGCAAAAGGAAAGUAUCCCCUCGUGAAGGUCUUUCACUGUCCGAUCCGAAACCUGACAACCCUUGUUUGUCCCAAGCUAUCGCAAUUGUCAAUAGUUCACAUAAGGGUCGUUUUGCCAUAGCUGACCGCAAGAUUAAUUGCGGAGAGGUAAUCGUGAUUGAUGAGCCUGUCGUUUCUUUGAUGAACCCGGACGACGAAAAACUCAUGGAUGACCUGUGCGCCCAUUGUCUGCGACAAUGUUCCAACUUUCAGCACCCUUGUCCCCGUUGUAGUACAACGGCUUUUUGUAGUCUAGAAUGCCGAUCCCAAUCCCAACUCGUGCACGGCUUUGAAUGUAAAGUGAAUCUGAACCAAAUCAGAUUGGAAAACACGAGCGAUUCGUUCCGCGUGUUCCUUACCUGGAAGGCAGUCAUUCAAAUCGGUUUGGAAGAGUUCAAAAGGCUGUAUCGAAAAGUGGGGAGAGAUCUAAACGAGCCCGAAAAUGAUCAAGAGCGCAUGUUUCAAAUGAUGACCCACGAAAGAGAACGACACAUUGAGGCUCAUAUCAAGUACAUCAUCGUUGCUUUGUACUUGCACAAACUCCUUGAAAAAGCAGGUGUGUGCACCUCGGAUAGGUUGGAUUGGGAGCUAGUGGAGGCUAUUCACCAUCUGCUACAAGUCCAGGAUGUGAACACUCAUCCCAUUCUCGGUUUAUGCGACGAAGGAGGCCGAAGCUCCGAAGUGGGACUCGCCAAGGUUGGGAACGCGAUCAAUGUCAACAUUGGAUCCUUUAUUAACCAUUCAUGUAAUCCCAACACAUGCCGGAUUAAUUUCGGGCGGAAAUCCGUGCUAGUGGCCACCAGAACUAUUCCAACAGGACAAGAGAUCUCGGACAUUUACAGUAUGCAUUACAGUGAAAUUGGAAGGCAGGAAAGGAGGAAUUGGUUGAAGAGCAUGUUCUUCUUCGAGUGCUCUUGUGAAGCAUGUGAGGGCCAUUGGCCCACCUACGAGGAAUUGGACACAAAUGGGAUAGAACCCAACGUAAUGGAGGAUUUGAAACAAGUGGAAUCCGGAAUAUUUCACGCCCUGAAGAGGCAAGAUUUUGACACUGCCUUCCAGCUUCAUGUUAAAGAUGUUCACAUUUUGGAAAAGGCGGUUAGAGAGCCCAAUCGAAUCUAUAUUUCUGUGCGCAAUAGUCUCCAGUUCUGUUUGUGGAAGAAAUAUGGACAUUUCUGAAGUUCUUCAAUUAUAUCGGAAAAUUCAGCCCGAUUUUGAAGACAGAUACUGUAGAUAUGAAAAAAAAAAUUACCCAUGUUCAGGAUAUCUACCAACAAGAUGGAAGUCCUAAUUUUGGAUGUUGAUCAUUUCUUUCCAUCCUAAUUUUUGGGGUUGAUGAUCAUUUCUUUCCAGCCCAUAAUAUUUAGUCCUUUAGAAAGAGGAUUCGUCAUAUAAUGUAUGUACUCGUAUUCGUCAAAUACAAAAGUCAGGUAAAAUUAUUAA